UGCUCUGAUCGGCUGGAGCACUGCUUUGCUGUGGUUAUAUCUGUCCCUGGAUCCGUCACAAGCCCUCAUGCUUGCAGAAGGGUUAAGAACAAAAUCAUGCAAAGUCCCACCUGAAAGUUAUUGCUGUCGAUGAUCAGCUUAGAGUCACGUAUGAGGAAAAUGUUCAUUUUGAUACGGACCUUCCAGAAUUCAGGACUCAAGGUGGAGUCUAUGUUCACAGUGACAGACUGACAGUGACUUCUCCAGUGUUAAUGUGGGUCGAGGCUCUGGAUGUGAUCUUGGAAAAGAUGAAGUCUUCUGGCUUUAACUUCUCUCAGGUGAAAGCUUUGUCUGGGGCUGGACAGCAACAUGGGAGUGUUUAUUGGAAAGAAGGAGCCCAUCAUAUUUUAAAGAAUUUAUCACCUGAUCUUCCUUUACAUCAGUCAUUGAAGGCUUGUUUCUCUGUCAGUGACAGUCCAAUCUGGAUGGAUUCCAGUACAGCUUCCCAGUGCUUCUCGCUGGAGAAAGCUGUUGGAGGAGCACAGCAACUAGCUAACAUCACUGGCUCACGAGCUUAUGAGCGUUUUACAGGAAACCAGAUAGCAAAGAUUUACAGCCAGAAUCCUGAGGUCUACAUACAAACUGAGAGAAUCGCUUUGGUUAGCAGCUUUGCGGCCUCCCUCUUUCUAGGUGAUUAUGCACCCAUUGAUUAUAGUGAUGGUUCUGGGAUGAAUUUACUGCAAAUUUGUGAUAAAAGGUGGUCCAUGACUUGCCUCAAUGCUUGCGCACCUGGGCUGGAAGAGAAACUGGGACACACUGUACCAUCCAGCUCAGUAUUGGGCUCCAUUGCUCCAUAUUAUAUUCAGCGCUAUGGGUUUAGUCCGGACUGCAAAGUAGUAGCAUUUACUGGGGACAAUCCAGCAUCACUGGCAGGAAUGAGGCUUGAAGAAGGGGACAUUGCAAUUAGCCUUGGUACAAGUGACACUCUGUUUCUGUGGAUUCAAGAACCAAUGCCUGCAACAGAAGGUCACAUUCUCUGUAAUCCUGUUGACUCUCGAGCCUAUAUGGCACUUUUAUGUUUUAAGAAUGGCUCUCUGAUGAGAGAGAGGAUCAGAAAUGACUGCGCUUCAGGCUCCUGGGAUGAAUUCUCCAAAGCUCUAACAUCUACGGUUACUGGAAACAAUGGAAAUCUGGGUUUCUAUUUUGAUGUGAUGGAGAUUACACCUGAAGCUGUUGGGAUCCACAGAUUUGACAAAGACAACAAGAAGGUUCCAGACUUUCCAAAGGAAGUGGAGAUACGAGCAUUGAUUGAAGGGCAGUUCAUGUCUAAGAGGAUUCAUGCUGAAAAGCUGGGAUAUAAAAUAAUGCCGAAGACAAGGAUUUUAGCUACUGGGGGAGCAUCUCAUAAUAAAGAAAUUUUACAGGUCCUGGCUGAUGUGUUCAACACCCCAGUGUACACUAUUGAUACCGCUAACUCUGCUUGUCUUGGGUGUGCUUACAGAGCAAUUCAUGGGCUGGUGGCAGAGACAAGCAUGUCCUUGGCUGAUGUUGUGAAAUUAGCACCAGCGCCUAGAUUAGUUGUUACACCAGCUGCUGGGGCUGAUGAGGUCUAUCUUCCUCUUCUGGAAAGAUACGCAGAUCUUGAACAAAAGGUGCUCUGCAAUCCAACCUCAUCUGGUUAAAUAACAAAGAAAAAUCUACCGCUCGCCUGUGGAGAUGCCUGCCGAGAAGAUUGUAAAAAAGUUUAUCAGAAAUGACUGGAUUUGUUUAAGCCAGUCUUCCGUGCUGCAUACCUGAAACAUAGUCUAAUUAAUACAAAUCAAAAUGGUUAUUUUUAAAGUUGGCAAUGGAAAGAUUCUGAAAGAUUUACAUCUUCCUUGAAUCCGUUCGGGUGGUUGUGUGCAUUGUCCGGUUCCUUUCAGAACGGCGCUGAGCAUGUUGUUUUCUCUGGAUAAUUCUGCCAAUCUGUCUGUCCAUCUCUCUCUGUUGGCACAUCUCCCUACUUUGAGUGUCUGUAUCUCAUCUUCCCUGGGCCUGCCUGUUUGUAUAUCUGUUUUUCUACUGUAUCUUUUUCUUUCAACCUAUCAAUGUUAUCUGUACCUUUUCUCCCCCUCUCUCUCUCUGUCAUAACCGUCUUUCUGUAUAUCUGUCUGUUAUAUUUAUACCAGUGUUCACUUAACAUAAAGUCCACAGAAAAUAAC